AUGGAGUUUGGGGAUCUUUUUGUUAUAGCAUUAAUGCCAGUCAUAAAGGUACUUUUGCUAAUUGCUAUUGGGACAAUUCUUGCACUGGAUCGGUUUGAUAUAUUGGGUGAGAAUGCCAGGAAGUACCUGAAUAAUAUGGCAUAUUUUGUCUUCACCCCAGCUCUUACUCUUUGCAACAUGGCCCACUCUGCGAAUUUAAAAAGUAGUCUACUUAUGCUGUGGUUCUUGCCAUUAAAUAUUCUUCUCACAUUCAUCAUUGGGUCUGCUCUUGGAUGGCUAUUAAUUAAAAUAACACGACCUCCUCGUCAUUUACAUGGUCUUGUGGUGGCAUGCUGUGCAGCAGGCAACUUGGGAAACAUACCGUUCAUUAUCAUUCCAGCUGUAUGUAAGGAAAGAAGCAAAUUGUUUGGAGAUAAAGAUGUUUGUAAUAGAGAUGCAAUGACAUAUGCUUCUCUAUCCUUGGCAAUAGGAAGCAUUUUCAUUUGGACUUAUGUUUACAACCUUGUCCGUCGAUAUUCAUGUCAGAAUUCAACUUUAAGUCAAGUUGAUGUUUCCCAAAUGAAUCGGGUGUUUGUCCCAAUAACUAAUCCUGAGAACUCUUCAACAAGUUCCAUAGGAUUGCCAAUCACUAUGAAUAACAUCUUGCAAACAAAUGACCAAGACAAUGCUGUUGAAAUUGGAAUCACAAGGCCUAAGGGAGUAGGAAAUAGUUUACAGGUAACAAAACUUGCGAAGAUAAUGAAUCUGUUAAAAAUGUUAGCCGAAAAAGUCAAUUUAAAGGCCCUGAUAGCACCUGCAACAAUUGGAACGGUGAUUGGCACAAUAAUAGGUACAAUGUCUGGAUUUCAAAACAUAUUAGUAGGUGAAAAUGCUCCUCUUCAUGUAAUUGAUGACACAGUAUCCAUGCUAAGUGAUGCAGCUAUUCCAAUUUUAAGCUUGUUAGUUGGGGCAUAUAUUGUAAAAGGGGUCAUUGUUGUUAGAUAUAUUGCCUUACCAGCCUUUGGCGUAGGCGUUCUUAAAGGCGCAAUCUGUAUCGGCAUGAUCCAUCCUGAUCCAUUGUAUAAGUUUGCUUUGUUGCUUCAUUAUGCUCUUCCACCUGCAAUAAACAUAAAUACGAUGUGUCAAAUAUUUGGGAUUGGUGUGGAUGAAUGCUCAAUUCUCAUGCUAGCAACUAAUGUUUGUGCCUUGGCAGCAAUUACUUUAUGGUGUACAUUUUUCAUGUGGCUUAUAUUGUAA